UUCGACCCGUAAAUUCAUUAAAUUUAUUUCUUUUCUGCUGUGCGGUUUAUUUUACAUUCGUUCAAAUUUUAAUUGUUUCAAAUUAUUCAAAAAUUAUGAGUCAAGUACGCGUAUACACUUUGGAUCGUUUCGGGCAACAUGUCCUGGAUCCACGUAUAUUUAGAAUGGAUGGUCAUGGGCGAGUUGUCGAGAUUCCAUCGGCUGCGUCGAUAUCAUCAAGACCAUCAACCGGAGGAUGGUUAAUCGAAACAUUGCCGACGCCAAGUAUGGAUUCAGCAGACUCAUUCAGUGUACGUUCAGGACCAUCAGCCAGAAUAUUGGCAGCCGACACAUUGCCGACAGCAACUAUGGAUUCAUCAGACUUCUCAGACUUCAUUGUACGUUCAUAUGAUUCUAUACUAUCACCGCCAUCAUCGGCACCGUUGGAAUGGCCGAUAUCACCAAUUUCCACUGGGUCAUCAAGGUCAGCAAACUCUCCCGGACCAUCAUCAUCUUCACAUGCCGGAGCAUUAGCAUCAACCAAACAUAGAUUAUCCAGUGAGUCUGAUAGUGAAUCUGAUACUGAGUCUGAACAUGACGCAACAAUAAAAAGAAGGCGAGAGGAUUCGGACUCUAACUCUGACGAUUGUUAUCCACCAUAUAUGGUACGUCCACGUCGACCAAGAACAACGUCAUGGGGAACACAGCCAAGAAAAUGGAGAAAAGUUACCAUUUUUCCACAAUGAAAAAUAAAUAAAUUC